AUGGCGCAACCUCUUCGCGUGGCCCUCCUCGCGGGCCUGCGCUCGCCACAACCAGCCCGUCUCCUCCCGCGAGAAGCAGCUUGGCGAUAUGCCCUCGGAGCUCCCAACUUCUACACGACGGCCUCGCAAGACGCGCCUCCACUCCUCGAGAAGCUCAAGGGCGACCUCAAGUCGGCCAUGCGGGCCAAAGACGCCCCCCGCCUCGCCGUGCUGCGCGCCAUCAUGUCCGCCAACCUCAACGCCUCCAAGACGGCCACCCCCAUCCAGACGGACGUGCAGCUCGUGGCCCUGAUGCGCAAGAUCCAGAAAGGCGCCGAGGAAGCGGCCGCCGAGGCAAAGACCGCUGGGAGGGAGGACCUCGUCGACAAGGAGGUCCAGCAGAUCCGCAUACUCCAAGACUACCUGGCAAGCAGCGGCGUCGAGUCUCUGGGCGAGACUCAGCUCAAAGCCUUGGUACAGGAUGCCGUCGCCGCGUCCCAGAGCGCUGGAACGGCGGCCAAGGCCCUCGUGGGCGACGUCAUGAAACGCCUUUCUGGUGCCCUGGCUGGCAAGGAUGUGGAUAAGAAGCAGGUCAUCGCGCUGGUGAAGGAGCUGGCCGGCCAGUGA